AGGGAAGGGUUGGGGAAGAAGGGGUGGUGACUCGGUGGAGGCAGUGGGCAGGCCAGGGGGCCUGCCCUCAGGACAGGUCCAGACUCAUGGAGCCCCCCCGGGAGGAGCAGCAGGUCCACAGCGUCUCAUACUCUACACCAGUAUUGCUGUCCUACUCAGGUCCUUGACUCCAUGAAGCUUACCCCCUCAGGCAGGCUGGCAGAGAGCAGUGUGGAGGGUGAUACUCCAGGCAGUGACCUGAGCACAGCAGUUGAUAGUCCUGGGAGUCAACCCCCCUACCGAAUGAGCCAGCUGCCCCCCACCAGCAGCCACAUGGGGACCCCCCCUGUUGGGGUGGGUCUUCCCUGGGCUCAGCGGGCACGCCUCCAGCCAGCCAGUGUCGCCCUGAGGAAGCAAGAGGAGGAGGAGAUAAAGCGCUCCAAGGCCCUAUCGGACAGCUAUGAACUCUCCACAGACCUGCAGGACAAGAAGGUGGAAAUGCUGGAGAGGAAGUAUGGAGGCUCCUUCCUGAGCCGCAGGGCUGCCAGGACCAUCCAGACAGCAUUCCGCCAGUACCGCAUGAACAAGAAUUUUGAACGCCUACGCAGCUCAGCUUCUGAGAGCCGUAUGUCCCGCCGCAUCAUCCUUUCUAACAUGCGGAUGCAAUUCUCCUUUGAGGAGUAUGAGAAAGCACAGAACCCCGCGUACUUCGAGGGCAAGCCUGCCUCGCUGGACGAGGGUGCCAUGGCUGGUGCCCGGAGCCACCGGCUUGAACGAGGGCUCUCAUAUGGAGGAUCCUGUGGUGGGGGCAUUGAUGGUGGUGGAAGCUCUGUCACUACAUCUGGAGAGUUUUCUAAUGAUAUCACAGAGCUGGAGGACUCCUUCUCCAAACAGGUAAAGUCUCUGGCUGAAUCCAUCGAUGAGGCCCUGAACUGCCAUCCACCAGGGUCUAUGCCUGAGGAGCCAGGGUCAGCCCAACUGGAGAAAAGGGAGUCAAAGGAACAGCAAGAGGACAGCUCCGCCACAUCCUUCAGUGACCUACCCCUUUACCUGGAUGACUCAGUUCCCCCACCAUCCCCUGAACGACUGCCUAGCACAGAGCCCCCAACCCAGGGCCGACCUGAGUUCUGGGCACCAGCCCCUCUCCCGCCAGUUCCUCCACCAGUGCCACCAGGGACCCGAGAAGAUGGUGGCCGUGAGGAAGGCACUCGCAGGGGUCCUGGUUGCUUAGAGUGCCGGGAUUUCAGACUGCGAGCUGCCCACCUUCCCCUGCUUACCAUUGAGCCUCCUAGUGACAGCUCCGUGGACCUGAGCGACCGCUCAGAUCGCGGCUCUGUCCACCGCCAGCUGGUGUAUGAGGCUGAUGGCUGCAGCCCACAUGGGACCCUGAAGCACAAGGGGCCACCAGGCAGGGCCCCAAUACCACACCGACACUACCCAGCCCCUGAGGGCCCAGCCCCAGCCCCUCCAGGGCCCCUCCCGCCAGCCUCCAACAGUGGUACUGGGCCCAGUGGUGUGCCUGGGGGUCGGAGGUUGGGGAAGUGUGAGGCAGCAGGCGAGAACUCUGAUGGUGGAGAUAACGAGAGCCUUGAGAGCUCCAGCAAUUCCAAUGAGACCAUCAACUGCAGCUCUGGCUCCUCUUCUCGGGACAGCCUGCGGGAGCCUCCAGCCACUGGCAUCUGUAAGCAGACUUACCAGAGGGAGACAAGGCACAGCUGGGACUCACCAGCCUUCAACAAUGAUGUAGUACAGAGGCGGCACUACAGAAUCGGCCUCAACCUCUUCAAUAAGAAGCCAGAGAAGGGUAUCCAGUAUCUGAUUGAACGGGGCUUCUUGUCAGACACACCGGUGGGAGUGGCUCACUUCAUCCUGGAGCGGAAAGGCCUGAGCCGGCAGAUGAUAGGGGAAUUCCUAGGGAACCGGCAGAAGCAAUUCAACAGAGAUGUGUUGGACUGUGUGGUGGAUGAGAUGGACUUCUCCUCCAUGGAUUUGGAUGAUGCACUCCGGAAGUUCCAAUCCCAUAUUCGAGUUCAGGGAGAGGCCCAGAAAGUGGAGCGACUCAUUGAAGCCUUCAGCCAGCGGUACUGUGUGUGUAACCCAGCCCUCGUGCGCCAGUUUCGGAAUCCAGACACCAUCUUCAUCCUUGCUUUUGCCAUCAUUCUCCUCAAUACCGACAUGUACAGUCCCAGCGUCAAGGCUGAACGCAAGAUGAAACUAGAUGACUUCAUCAAGAACCUGAGAGGGGUUGACAAUGGUGAAGACAUCCCCCGAGACCUCCUGGUAGGCAUCUACCAACGCAUUCAGGGGCGUGAACUACGGACCAAUGAUGACCAUGUGUCCCAGGUGCAGGCCGUGGAGCGCAUGAUUGUGGGCAAAAAGCCAGUCCUGUCUCUUCCUCACCGUCGACUGGUUUGCUGCUGCCAGCUCUAUGAGGUGCCAGAUCCAAACCGCCCCCAGAGGCUAGGGUUGCAUCAGCGGGAGGUCUUCCUCUUCAAUGAUCUCCUCGUGGUCACCAAAAUUUUUCAGAAGAAGAAGAUCUUGGUAACAUACAGCUUCCGUCAGUCCUUUCCCCUCGUGGAAAUGCACAUGCAGCUCUUCCAGAAUUCAUAUUAUCAGUUUGGGAUCAAGUUGCUGUCUGCAGUACCUGGUGGGGAGCGAAAAGUCCUCAUCAUUUUCAAUGCUCCCAGCCUCCAGGACCGGCUGCGCUUCACAUCUGACCUACGGGAGUCCAUUGCUGAGGUGCAGGAAAUGGAGAAAUACCGUGUAGAGUCGGAGCUGGAGAAGCAGAAAGGUAUGAUGCGGCCUAACGCCUCACAGCCUGGAGGAGCCAAGGACUCAGUGAAUGGGACACUGGCCCGCAGUAGCCUGGAGGACACUUAUGGGGCAGGCGAUGGGCUCAAACGGGGUGCACUCAGCAGUUCCCUGCGAGACCUCUCUGAUGCAGUAUUUGGAAGCAAGCGGGGCAAGGGGCCCUUCCAGAUGCCACCACCGCCAACAGGCCAGGCCUCUGCCUCCUCUUCAUCUGCUUCUUCCACCCACCACCACCACCACCACCACCACCACGGUCACAGCCAUGGUGGCCUGGGGGUGCUGCCUGAUGGGCAGUCCAAACUCCAGGCCCUGCAUGCCCAGUAUUGCCAAGGACCAGGCCCUGCCCCACCACCCUACCUCCCACCCCAGCAGCCCCCUCUACCCCCACCUCCUCAGCAGCCCCCACCCCUACCCCAACUGAGUUCCAUUCCACCACCUCCCGCCUCAGCCCCACCUGUGGGGCCACAUCGCCACUUCCAUGCACAUGGUCCAGUCCCAGGCCCCCAGCACUAUACCUUGGGCCGGCCAGGCAGGGCUCCCAGACGAGGGGCUGGAGGACACCCUCAGUUUGCCCCACAUGGUCGCCACCCCCUGCACCAGCCCACAUCCCCAUUGCCCCUGUACAGUCCUGCCCCUCAGCACCCUCCAGCCCACAAACAGGGCCCCAAGCACUUCAUUUUCAGUCACCACCCACAGAUGAUGCCAGCAGCAGGGGCAGCUGGAGGCCCUGGGUCCCGGCCACCAGGAGGCUCCUACUCCCACCCCCAUCACCCCCAGUCACCACUGUCACCACACUCACCCAUCCCACCCCACCCCUCCUCCCCACCCCUGCCCCCACCCUCACCCCACACUCCACACUCACCCCUACCACCCACCUCACCCCAUGGCCCACUGCACGCCUCUGGGCCCCCUGGCACGGCUAACCCACCCACUGCAAACCCCAAGGCCAAGCCAAGUCGGAUCAGCACUGUGGUCUGA